AGGCGCAGUGUCCGUGGAGGCCGUGAAGGCAGCAUUAGUUGCUGACUCGCCGUUGCUUGUGGAAACAGUUGCUGAGUUCAGUCACUGAGCACCGAGCAACUCCGACAUUAGCAACAACAAUCAACGCGUCUUAAAGUCCACGCCAGACCGGACCCAGCAUGUCCCACGUCCACUACAAGUUCUCGUCCAAGCUGAGCUACAACACGGUGUCUUUCUGCGGACACACCAUCGCGCUGCCGGAGCUGAGGCGGCAGAUCAUGGAGCGGGAGAAGAUCCGCAGCGACCUGCAGGUUAUUAACGAGCAGACGGGACAAGAAUACACCGACGACGACAGUCUGAUCCCCAGAGGUUCCUCCGUCAUCGUCAGGAGGAUCCCGAUCAGCGGAGUGAGACCCAGCUCCGGCUCCAAGACCUCCUCCCUUGGUCGAUCGAACCAACCUCAGGGCUCCAGCAUCAGCAGAGCGGUUCACAACACAACUACAACUAUGGAGGAUCAGACGUCCACACCUGCUUCCUUCUUCUCUAAGCUGCAGAUGGCUAACCUGGUGGACGCAGACAUGUCUGAGGAGGACAAGAUCCAAGCCAUGAUCUCCCAGUCCACCUACGACUCCAUCAGCCUCAACAAGGAGCUCAGUGUCAACUACACCUGUAAACGCUGUGGAAACACUGGACACCACGUCAGGAACUGCCCCAUGGGCGGGGAGGCUCCUCUGAGGAUGAAGAAGUGCACGGGAAUCCCUCGCUCCUUCCUGGUGGAGGUGGACGAUCCCAGCGUCAAAGGAGCCAUGUUGACCAACUGUGGACGCUUCGCUGUUCCUGCCAUCGACGCUAAAGCGUACGCCGUCGGUAAGAAGGAGAAGCCUCCGUUCGUUCUGCAGGAGGAACCCAAACCUGAAGCGGAGGAGGAGCAAACUCCCAAGGAGCUGCUGUGUCCCAUCUGCCACGAGCUGCUGGUGGACGCCGCCAUCAUCCCCUGCUGUGGACACACCUACUGCGACGACUGUAUUCGUACGGCCCUGCUGGACUCAGACGAACACACCUGUCCUACCUGUGGCCAGUCAGACGUCUCCCCCGACACACUGAUCGCCAACAAGUUCCUCAGACAGACCAUCAGCAACUUCAAGAAAGAACGAGACGCCAUUAACGACCUGGGAGGAACAUCUGGACCAGAACCCGUCCAGAACCAGCAGAACCCUCAGCAGGCGUCUGAAGUUCCCUCGGCUCUGACGGUUCCAGCCUCGGAUCAUAACUCAGCUGGAGCGUCGCUUCUGUCUGUUCACAUCCUCCAGACGUCCAACAAUGAAACUGAAGGAGGAGCAGCUGACCUGUCAAUCAAAGACCCGGCACAGGAAGUCCAGACCGAGUCCGGACCAGAGGUUAAAUCUGUGCAGCUCCAGACAGGAAGAGGAAAUCAGAGCAACUCCUCAGAGCCUCUGUCCAGAUCCUCCAGCUCCUCCUCCUCCGCCUCCUCAGGUCCUCCUCCAGGAGUCCUGAAUGAAUCCAUCACCCAGCAGCCUCCUCCCCUCCCCUCCUCCUCCUCUUUUCCUGCUCCUCCUUGGCCUCCCUCUCCUCCUCCUCUCUUCCACACCUUCCUCACCAGUUACCCUCCUGGACUCCCUCCCGCCUGGUUACUUCCACCCCCCCACGCCUCCCCCAUCGCCUCCUCCUCCUCCUCCUCCCUGCUCCUCCUCCCCAGGGAGUCGUCCAGAGACCAGAGGAGGCUGAAGAAGGAGGAGAGGUCUCCUCCCAGACGCUCCACGUCCUCUCGUCUCUACUCCUCCAGCCGGCCUCCGUCGAGCUCCAGGUCCAGGUCCAGGUCCAGGUCCAGGUCCAGGUCUAAAGACACAUCCAGGCGUCCGUCUCCGUCUCCGCCUCCGUCCUCGUCUCACGUCUUCGGCUACAAACCGUCCUCUCCUCCUCGGCCCAGCUACCGCUCCAGGUCCAGGUCUCCUCCGGACCAGAGGAGGAGUCGCCCCCGCAGCAGGAGGUCCAGGAGGGACGGGGGCGUCUCUGAGGGACGCGUGGACUCUCAGCCCCGGAAGCCGACCAUCGUCCUGGAGCUGGACUCGGAGCGCUACCUGCAGUGGAACCAGGACUACAAGGACUGGUGGGACAGACACUUCAGCUCCAAGCCCCCUCCCUCCCUCUGUCCUCCUCCUCCCUGUCCUCAGUGGACGUACAGAGGAGGACACAGAGACGACUCCAGAGUUUCCUCCGACGCUCACUGUCCCCCCCCGGGGAGACGGUCCCCUCCCUCCGAGACGUCCAGCGACAGCCGGUCUCCUCCGUCUCGGUCCUCCAGUGACGGCCCGUCCACGCCGUCUCAGUCGUCCAAUGACAGGCGCUCGUCUCUGUCUCGGUCGUCCAGCGACAGACGCUCCACGCCGUCCGAGGACAGAGCUCAGAGGAGGACGCUUCCAGAGAGGACAUGUCCUCCAGUGAGACAGAGUCGGAACAAACAUCGCAGAGCGUCACCGUCCCCCGAGGCUGUUAGGAGGGACAGGAGGAGACGCAGCGAGGACGGACGCACACAGGACAGAAGAACUGUCCACAACACCUCCAGAUCUGACCAGAAACAUCUGGACAAAGACUCUGGGAGACAAGUCAGAGGACAGAGAAGAGACAGAGACUCAGACCAUCGGCACAGAGACGUCCCCGACCACCGAAGAAGAGACGACCUGCAGAGACAGGACAGAGACAACCGUCCAUCUGUCCGUCCUCACAGCGGAAAAGAGACGAGGUCUGGACAAGAACCUGAAGACAAGUCUGACGGGAAGAAGACGACAACGAGGAGGACAGACGGAGACAUCUGGGAGGGAGGGAUGAAGAUGAAACCACAGAAGAAGAUCAGCAUCAACAUCAACCUGGACACCAAGAGAGGGGAGGACAGAGGGGAGGACAAGAAGACGGAGGGAGGAGAGGUCAGACAGAUGUGGUCCAGAGCUACGUUCAGGGAGGAGGAGGAGGAGGAGGAGGAGGAGGAGGACCAGGACCAGGACCAGGACCAGGACCAGGACCAGGACCAGGACCACUGAGAUCUGAUGAGUUCAUUCAACCAGAGACUUUUUUCUUUAUUUUGAUGGAAUAUAAAAUAAUAAUAUAAUGAUAUAUGAUGAUGAUGAAUUCUUAUUUUUGUUCUUGUUGAUGAAGCAUCGUCACCGAUUCAGAUUUUUCUUUGAGCAUUAAAUGUUUCACCUGAACUGAGGCCGGAAAUAAAAUGAAGCAUCAGUUA